AUGUUCGAUAAGGUCAAACUCCGCUCGAAGGGCAGUAACCCAGUAGCUGCCGUUCCUGCGGCUACUCCGGGUCAACCUCCAAGUACAAGACAGAUCUACCAAUCGAGAAAGAAUUUCGGAGUCAACAUUGGAGCUUGUUUUGUAUCGGAAAAAUGGAUAUUCCAUGAGUUGUUCGGUGAAAACGUUCCUGAAUUCGAGCUCGCAGCAGUUGAAGCUAUGGUGAGAGCGAAGGGUUUAGAUGGUGCCAAAAGUACAUUUGAGAAUUUCUGGUCUAAUUUUAUGAAUGACAAUGACUGGAGAUGGUUGCAGGACAACCAGGUCACUUCUGUAAGAAUUCCCAUAGGAUAUUGGGAUGUUGCCGGUGGAAGGUUUACCAAAGGCACCCAAUUUGAGAAGUAUGGGUCUUCUGUCUAUUCUGGAGCUUGGAAUAUAUUUAAGGAAAAGUUCGUCAAGCCAGCAGGAAAACAUAAUAUCUCUGUAUUGGUGGAUCUUCAUGGGUUACCCGGUGGUGCUAACUCUAGCGAUCACAGUGGUGAGAAGUCUGGUGGUCUGGCAGCUUUUUGGUCAAACGAGAAAUUUCAGUUGCAGGUUGCUGAAAUGCUCACCUUUAUUGCCAGGGAUUUACAGCAGUUUGAGAACAUUUCUGGUAUUCAAGUAGUCAACGAAGCAGAAUUCGCGCAAGAGCCAGCUUCAAAGCAAACUACUUACUAUGUAGCUGCUCUCAAUCUGAUCCGAGAAGCGGAUUCAGGUAUCCCAGUGAUUAUUUCUGACGGCUGGUGGACAGACCAGUGGGUGAGAUUCAUUCAGAAACACCAACAGAACAACAAUAGUCUAGGUUUGAUAAUCGAUCACCACGUAUACCGUUGUUUUUCUAAGGAAGACAAGGAUAAGUCUCCGAUGAGGAUCAUUGAAGAUUUGAACAAUGAUGUAUUAACUAAUUUGACUGAUAAUGGUAAGGGAGUUGACAUUAUGGUCGGUGAAUUCUCUUGUGUACUUGACCAACAGUCGUGGAAUAAAGAUGGUGCACAAGGCAGAAGAGAUGAGUUGGUGAUCCAGUACGGUAAUAGACAAUGUGACUUAAUUAAUGAAAGAGCAGGUAUGGGCUUUUACUUUUGGACUUACAAGUUCCAGUCGGGAAACGGAGGUGAAUGGGACUUAAAGCAAAUGGUGGAAAAAGGGGCUAUAAGGAAUCCAUUUUCCGUCAAUGGUAAGAGAUUGCCUGACAGAUCAAUGUUCGAACAGGCUUACAACCAAGCAAUGCAAGGUCAUGUUGGAUACUGGAGUGGAACCGAUCCUGGUGGAAGAUAUGAACAUGAGCGAUAUGGUGAAGGGUUCACUACUGCCUGGGCAGAUGCCGAGGAAUUCGCGAAGUUCAACGGGUCUGUCUUGGGCCGGGUUGAAGCAUGGAGAAUUGCACGGUUGUCGGAACAUAUCAGAGCUCGAGGUGCUCUGGGCUACUUGUGGGAAUGGGAACAGGGUUUCUAUGAAGGAUUGAAGCAGUUUCAUUCUAAUGUGAGAUGA